CUAUUAAUAUGUUGUACAGUAUGUUGUGGUUUACUCUUCUUUCCUAUUCUACCGGCAUGACGUGAAUGCAGCAUCAGCGAUAUGCAAGACACGUGACUUUUGUACCGACGGUCACGUGCUGUAUGAUUUGCCAUCCCGACCAUUCACUUCACUUAAGCGUCUCAAGGAGCGCGCGUUGUUACUUGCUGGCACCCGUAAUACGAGUCGCAACGGAUUACGUAUCUCUCUGAACGAUGAACGGUGUUUGUAAUUAACUUUAUUGAAAAGCGAACAAGUUUUCCAAGUCCCUGACUAAUCCGGGCACUUCCGGGGUGUCCAGUCACAGUCAUCUGACAGAACAAGUGACCCAUGUCGGAGCAGCAAGUCGACUUUCUUGGGUUGCAGAGCAGAGGUUAAUAAUGCGUGGCUUGAUUUGUGGACCAAAACUCGCCGCGUGUGGGCUUGUGUUGAGCACAUGGGGGGUCAUAAUGUUGGCCAUGCUGGGGAUCUUCUACAUCACACACUCAGCGGUACUGAUAGAAGAUGUUCCUGUGAUGAACCACAGCAUCUACCAAGAUGGGAACCCCGAGAGGAUCUACGCCCUGUACAACAAGGUGGGCUACAACUGCUUCAUAGCAGCCGCCAUCUACAUCGUGUUUGCAGUCUUCUCCUGCUGCCAGCUGAGGCUCAACAAGCAGAAGGCGUACCUGGUGCACUAACCUGUUGGACCGAGGAGCGCCCAACGACUAUAUUGGGAUGCCACCAAAAUUGUAUGAGAAAAAUCCCCCCCAAAUCCCAGAACGCUAAUAUUUGUUAAUGUUCACAGUGAUUGUUGUUGUAAAUGAUUGUGUCCCAGGUUUGAUACUUGCUGUGCUGUACAGUAAUGUCUGUGUGGAAUGUUGAAAUCAUAUUCUGAAUUCUGUCCUUAUUCCAAUGCCCAGCAUUCAUUUCAACCAUUAAAGGUGUGUUCAUCACUGAG